AUGACGUUUGUUUCUGUUAAAGACAGACUUAUAAAUGACGCUGCUAGUUGUCUGGACUCGGAGUAUGCAAACGAAGCCAAAAGAGCAAGAAACUUAUUUGAUUACACAAGCGAACCGUCUGUGGAAACUCUUCUACUGUCGUUCUUCCUCUACGCUCACUAUACAAAUUGUCAAGGUAAGACUAACCAAGCUAUUAUCUUCCUUCGUGAAGCCAUUUCCAUGUCACAACUCCUAGGAUUCCAUGAUCCUUCUACGUACGAAGGGAAGUCUGCCGCUGAAAAGCACCGCUGGCAGAAGAUUUACUAUACCCUUCUCGUCACAGAAAGAUUUAUGUGUUUUGAGGAUGCCAUGCCGGUUAUUCUUGAUCCUUGUAUUGCACUUCCGCUGCUUCAAAACGAGGAAUAUCCAAGCUUGUUGGUGGGAUUCAUUGAACUAGUCAAGGUUUUCUCUGUACCUGAUAAACAUUUCUUUGAAGAAGUCCAUCUCAAAGGUAAUCAGCGAGACAUCGAAGCCUUUAGAAACUAUAUCCUGAACCAGGACAAUAUCAGCAAAAUGAAAUUAAUCCUCGAUGUUCAGUCCAGACUUAACCAGCCUUUUGAUCAAUCCAUGAAAGCAUCUGACCAGCAAAAGCUCAACAUUAUUCUUUCUCGUUCAUGGAUCCAGGCGAUAGCAUGGCACAUCACUUUCGAGAACGGUCUCCUAACCAGCACAUCGGAUUAUUCAGUGGACUGCCUCGCUAGGGAAUUCCCCGUAAAAAUUGCCCGAGACUUCCUUACAGCAACCAAAGAUCUUCCGGCGGUAGCGUUCGAGGCAAACGGUCCUGGAGUGUGCGUCAAGCUACUUGAAAUUGCAAACUCUCUCGUAUUUGCUAUGCCGUGUUCCUACAAUAAUUCCCUAUUGGCGGAUAGCCUUACGGCGGUUUUCUCCCUAGUAAACCAAUUCAAAAACAAUAUUUCGCUACCCAUGGAUGUCUACAAUAAGGUAGCUGGGAAGAUUUCGUCAUUAUACACCCAUGUUGAACGGCCAUUGUCGGCGGAACCCAUUCCCACUGCUACAAUCCACGAACUUUUUGAUGACGAAGAAGGAAGCUCGCAGCAAAGGGAUACACCUGCCUGUCUAGGAACGCCUUCCCUUCUUUCUCCUCUGGACAGAAACGCCUCCUUCACACAAUUCUUUAGACAAGCGUCGGGACCUGGCAGUGGCGCUUAUCCUCAGGCGAUGGUGAAUGCCUUGUCUGGCAUUACGAAUGUUCAAGAAGAAAUGAACGCCUUGGCUAAGAAUGGAGCCUGGAGUGCAAAUUCGCCUUUAUUGUCUAACUUCAUGCAUCCCCCAUGA